AUGUCUGAGGAAGCAUUUAUAGAGGAUGAAAGUACCGCAUUUCAUACCAAUGCGAUGAUAGACGACCCAAAAACUGAAGACGGCCCAACGGGUGAGCCUGAAAGCCGAGGAACGUCCCCCGCCAGAGAGGCCGACGUGAUUGAAGAAUUGAAAUGGAGGACUAAUGAUGAUGACGAUUAUGAUUCUAUUCGAUCACCACACUAUAUAUAUGAUGCUGUUGUUAUUCAUGGCAUCAGCAGCCAGAGUUCGAAGAGAUGUGACCUCGACACUAUUACACCAUUCAUACGAGAUACCCUCAAGGGUGUGACAGAAGAACAAGGUCGGAUAAUAACAUGGAGUUAUUAUACAAAUGUUGAAGCGGGAAGAUACUACACGCCAGACGGCGUUUACAAAGAAGCCGAAGACAUGCUGGAUUAUUUGUGCGACCUUCGGACAUCCGAGAUUAAGAAGAUGAGGCGUCCGAUAUAUUUCUUUUCUCAUGACAUUGGCGGGACAAUAGUCAAAGCGGCGUUGUCACUGGCUUCCAAACAUGGGACUCAGUAUUCCGAAAUCUUCGAAUGUACCCGUGCUAUGUACUUCUUCGGCUAUCCACACAGAUGUCCCGAUCCAGGAAAACUAGAAGACGCUAUAUUGCGACUAAUGGCUGAAGAAGGUCCCCGAUGGCCCGGCGGCAUGUUGAAUUACGCGAGGAGCCUGAAAGACACUGUCCUUGAAGUCAAUGACAGUUUCCUGCAGACCCAGAUACUUACACAGGCCAAUUUCAUCAACGUGGUUUCUACACACCAGGAUCCAGUACAACAGAUCUUUCCACUUUCCAUGUCAACUAUGGCUACUCCGUUCGAGAGAGUCGUAAAGAUGGAAAGCCCUCAUAGUGACUUGAUCCUUGCUGGGUCAGAUGGAUCGCAUCCCGUUAAUGACAUUGCAGAUUCAGAUUGGCUAACUGGGGGUCUUACCGACGAACAGCAUAUCGCCUUUCGCAAACUCGUCAACCAAGCCUCACCAGUAUUCCCAUAUCGAAAAAUAGACACGAGUUGGCAACAUCCAGAUCUGUUGGAAUUACCAAAAUUGAACAAAAACUACAUCAUACAUAUGCGGUGUUCUCACGGAGCAGAUGAAUUGUCUGAAAAUGCGAGCUUUUUCCUGGACAAUCACAGAAAGGGCAUAUUCCAACCGUUGCUGUUCAUGAAAUUUGACGCACAUGAUGUGCGAUUCAAUAAUUGCGAGGCAAUGCUGCGGAGCUUUCUCGCUCGUUUUACAUCCAACAGACUACAGAGUGGAGAUUUCGUGGCAAGAACUUCACGAAGUAUUACCGACAUUAAAUUUCGGAAUGUUGUUGAUCUGUUCAACAGGUGGGAGGUUAUCCUAAAUAAUAGCGACAGCUUCGGAGACGGUAUCCAUGUCCUUGGUUGCUUUGAUAAUAGUGAUGACUCUGCAAUUUGGUUUCUUUCCCAACUUCGAAAGCUUUUCCUUAGAAGCGAAGUCGGUCUGAAGAUGUUGAUCAUCACUACCAAAGGAAGCCCGGGCGACAGUCAUAUCACAUCUACCUUGUCUGAAUUUCCUACGGAAAACGUCAAGAGCAUCGAAUAUAUACCCGCGGAUCCUCCUCCUUUCCCAGUUAACGUGAAGACAUCAAAGUUUAUGCAGCGAUACUCAAGUUUUGUUGGGAUCGACCAGCGUAGUCAACUCCGCACUAUGCUCAGCCCAUAUGAAAAUGAUCAUCAACUCUGUGAAUUGGUCCUACAAUGGUUAUCAUCUGACAAAGAGCUGAUUAAGCGCAUCCCUACACUUUCUGAGAAGCCUCUGACUGCAGCAAUGCUUUUUGCUGAAAUUCUUGACAGUAUAUCAGUGUCAGAAAGAGCAUGGGCCAAGAUAGUCAUCUCGUGGCUUCUAGAAAGUUACAGACCUCUCCGAAGCGAGGAGCUUUUGCGUGUUUCUGAUCUUGCAUGGACUAGAACACAUGGAAACAACUUCACGCCACCUGGUUUACAUGAUAUACAAAAACACCUCCGUGGAAUACUUACCAUUGAAAAUGGAGAAGUCCACUUCCGGCAUUCGGAUAUGCGUUAUUGGCUUGGAAGCCAACCGACGGCUUUUAAUGAGAAGAUGUGGUACUAUACAACAGAACUUGGACGUCACAACACUAUCCUGCACACAUGCAUUAACCACCUAAACGACAUGACUAGAAACACCAAAGGCUGGGUUCACUCGCUUCCAUAUGCUAUCGAGUUCUGGUCCAAACAUUCAGAGUCAGCUGAUGCUUCAGAAGACUUGAUGUUGAGCCUGUUUGAGAACGAGCCCGUAUUCCAGAGGUGGGCCAACGCCCUUGUCGAAAUCCCCAACAGACGACUCAAUCCACUUCCGGAACAUAUCAAUCCUCUUUACAUAGCCUCACAUCUCGGCCUAACAACUGUUGUCAAGAAACAUUUGGAGGGUCAUUCUUAUGAAGCAACGCUACUCAACCAGGCUCUGAUCGAGGCUUGUAGACUAUUUGAUCUAAGCCUUUCCAACUAUGUCAUACAUGAAGCUGCAAAAGCGGUCAGUGGUGUGGGUAAUGGAAAUGACGAGGCGCUAAGAGAACUAAUCAAUUCCCUGCCGAUGCCCCUUGAUUCUCAUAAUGGGCAAAUGAGUCGAACAGGCCGACGAGAUGAUGAUUUCGAGGCUAAAGGAAAUCAGCCAACAGACAACUCCAUGGACAGUUCGCCCCUUGAACUGCAAGAGGCUCGAGACGAGACCCAAGAUGAUGGAUAUGAAUCCGAUCCACUUGAAUGGCUGACGAUGCCAAUGUACCGAGCCGCCGGGUCAGGCAUGGAGGAUGUUGUGGUCAAGCUGCUACAGCUCGGAUUAAAACCAAACCCCUCGAAACCAAUUACUCCACAUGAUAUGAGCUACCUUCACAGCGCCGUAGGCGACUCACGUUACGGUUGUACAAAGUUGCUUAUCGAUGCCGGUGCAAGCCUAACAUAUAAAAAUGACAGCGGAAAAUCAGUUUUCGAACACGCUAUUGCAUGGUCCUCUGGGGAGGUCAUACAACUCUUGCUUGAAAGUGGCGCUAGAGUCGACGAGAUACAAACUUGUGGUGAUAUGCCCUUGGGCAGUGCCAUGUUUCUAGGCUCUUUCGAGGCUACCAAAGUCAUUCUCUCCUAUCGAGACUAUCACGAAUACUUUGUCCAUGAUCCAGACAAACACCCCGUCAACUCGGCUGUUGAAAAUGGAAAUCAGAGAUGCCUAGAGCUUGUACUUGAUCAAGGAUUCAGUCCUAACAAUGUCACUUCGAGUGGUGAAACAGCGCUAAGAACGGCGGUAGAGAAGGGGAGGUUUGACCUUUGCGAGCUGCUGCUACAGCAUGGUGCCGACCCAGAUCUGACCCCCGAAGGAGCGCGGACACCUCUAAUCUCAGCAAUAUUCGAGGGAGACCUUGGUAUGGUUAAACUGCUAGUCGAACACAAGGCUGCUAUCGACAAGCGUGAGCUGCCCCCGGAUGCCGGAUGGUCACGCACACCGAUGCACAUAGCUGUUGACUGGAAGAAACCCACAAUUGUUGAGUAUCUUCUUCAACAGGGAGCAGACCCUAAUGCCCAAGACUCAGAUGGCGUGCCUGUCAUCAUGGCUGCGGCUGACAGUGGUGACGCAGACGUAGUCCAAUGGCUUCUGGAUAAGGGUUCUGUCACAAAUGUGACCGCUUACAGCGAUGAAAGGACAGCAUUACAAGAAGCCGUUCCACACCCUGAAGUGGUCCGCGUUCUCCUCCAGCAUGGCGCCGACAUCACAACAUCUAAUUCGGAGUCACGAACACCCCUGGACUUUGCCAUUUCUUCCAACUAUCUGGAAAGUGUUCAAAUCAUACUUGAAAAGUGCAGAGACGUGCUUGACCUGGAUUCAGAAACCACCCAUCAAGAGUUAUGUCUAGCUGUCGUCAAUGGAUUUACUGAUGUUGUUGGGGCUUUACUUGAAGCCGGUGCCGACGUCAACACUGUUAACGAGGAUGGCGAGUCACUUCUGAUUCUUGCUGUUAAGCAUAAUGCAGAAAGUGACAUGGUCUGCAAGAUCCUGGAGUACAACCCCAACGUGGCGAUCAGAGACAACAAACAGAAUACAGCACUUCACCAGAUUAAAGAAUUCACAGUUCUAGAGACUGUGAGACGUAUUGUUAAUUCUGGUGCAAAGCUAGAUGUUGUCAACGACUCCGAAGAGACACCGCUGGUGCUUGCCAUUAGAGCUCAGCUCGAUGAUGUCUUCUCUUAUAUGCUCAGAAAGCAGCCGACUCUCGUCCAUCGAGGCCCGGCAUCAUCAAACACGAUACUGACGCCGUUGCAUGAGGCGUGCAUAAAGGGUUCACUGUUUAUGGUUCAAUCACUGAUCAACUACAAAGUGGAAGUCAACUCAUGUUGUGAAUGGCUCUACGGAACUCCACUAGUCGCGGCGACGCUCAGAUGGUCAACUGCCUCACAUACUGGUCUAGCGAGUGAUGUAGUCGCUCUUCUUCUUACGAAUGGCGCCGACCCAGGAAUUCCGAGCGGUAUAUUCCGAUAUCCACUCAUCUCUGCAUGUCUGGGAUGUCCUACAGACGUAAUUCAACUACUUCUGAACUCAAAUGCGUCCCCUACAGACCAUGACUCUCUGGAUCGCAAACCAGUCCAUCUGGCUUGUUAUAACUCCUUGGAUGUCCUCAACGCAUUGGACUUGCCCGACUCUGAAUUUUCAACUCGAGAUAUAGUUGGCAGAGUACCUCUGCACUAUGCUGUCAUGAGUGGAGAUAUUGGACUGGUACAGGUAGUGCUUGAGCGCUCUGAGCGAGCAGGCGUUGAUAUAAACACCCGCGACAACGACGGAUGGACGCCACUCUUGUGGGCUGUACGAGCUUCUCGUAUUUGGUAUCGACAUGAGAAUGAGCGUAUCUCGAUUAUUGAUGUAGUGUCGUUUCUUUUGGAGAACGGCGCUGACCCUGAUAUCAGAGGGAAAGGAGUCAACCAAGACUGGACGGUUAAAGAAGCGGCAUAUUAUUACCAUGCUGAUAGUGUUAUAUCAGCGGUUUGUAACAUGUCAGAGGGCGACACUGGCUCCAAGAAAAGGGGUAACGAACUCACUUCCGCGAAAUAUUGUGACUGCUGUUUGCUUGACAUCUACGGGAUUCAUUACCAAUGCUCUCUAUGCCAUGACUACCAUUUGUGUCACAAAUGUCACAUGUCUGCUCUCAAGGUACAUCCUGCUCAUUCAUCAUUCACUGAGUUGGGCAGUGAUUUUAUCGAACAUGAUGAGCGGGAGGAAGAAAAUGUCAGUGUGAUUGAUAUUGGAGAUGGCGACGGAGAAGGCGAUGGUGAUAUAACGUUGGACCUUGACGCAGAGACUCCAUUCGAUGAUUUUGGUGACGAUGACUCGAAUGUAGAGGAUCUGCUUGAUGGGCAUUUUAUUCUCCCCAUGUGUCUCGGCUGCGAACUUGACUAG